UUAAUUUAUUUCCAAAACGUCUGCAAAGAUGCCUGAUCCAGCCAAGACUGCCCCCAAGAAGGGCUCCAAGAAAGCUGUAACCAAGACCGCCGCUAAGGGCGGCAAGAAGAAGAGGAAGACGCGCAAGGAGAGCUACGCCAUCUACGUGUACAAGGUCCUGAAGCAGGUCCACCCUGACACCGGCAUUUCCUCCAAGGCAAUGAGCAUCAUGAACUCGUUCGUCAGCGACAUCUUCGAGCGCAUCGCCGGCGAAGCCUCCCGCCUGGCGCACUACAACAAGCGUUCCACCAUCACCUCCAGGGAGAUUCAGACCGCCGUCAGGCUGCUGCUUCCCGGGGAGCUGGCCAAGCACGCGGUCUCUGAGGGCACUAAGGCGGUGACCAAGUACACCAGCUCCAAGUAGAUGCUGCUACGACCACCACAAAAACAAAGGCUCUUUUAAGAGCCACACACUCUGAUCUGAAGCAUUUUAGACCUGAUGACAGCUGAGGCAUACUGAUUAGAUCUGAAACCCAAUCCACAACCGCCACAUGCUUUCACUACAUUGAUGGGUCUGAAUUCAUGCUGAGCUGUUGGUAACCAAGAACAAAACCCUGCAUAAUCUGAUUAGCUUUUUCUUUUUUGAUUUCUAAUACUUGUUUCUGGUAGUGAUGUGAGAAGCUUCCUGAGGCACUGAACCGUUUGAGCCAUCCAUGGGAAGGCUCCGUCUACUGG